GGAACAUAUCGAAUCUCAUCAUCAUCAGAUUCAUCGUAAAAUUGUCGCCUGCUCUCCUCCAUGUUACUCUACACAUCAAAACCCUCCUUCUUCUCAUCUUCUCCCUCCCAAUUUCCCACAUCAAAGCCCACAAAUUCAACCAAAUUACACCAAUUUUCAUCGUUCUCUCGAAAACCCCAUUUCAAAUCUCCCAAAUUCAUCUCAAAUUCUUCAACUACAGAUGAUUCUGUCACUUCUAUUCAAGAAAAUGAUGAAGAUGAGCCGGGGAUGCAACCCGACCCGGAUGAGGAGGAAUGGGUCGGGUCGGAUGAAGGGGUGGAAAUAGAGAUAGAGAAGAUUGGGAAGAACAAAAGGAGGAUUCGAGCUAAGAUUCAAGUGGAGGCUAGUCUACAACAUGUUUGGGAUGUGUUGACUGAUUAUGAGAAACUCUCUGAUAUUGUACCUGGUCUUGCUGUUAAUCAGCUUCUCGAAAAACGUGAUAAAUUUGCCCGCCUUUUUCAGAUAGGAGAGCAGAAUCUUGCCUUUGGAAUAAAAUUUAAUGCCAAAGGAAUUGUCGACUGCUUUGAGAAUGAUUUAGAGAGCUUGCCAUCUGGACAAAGACGGGAUAUUGAAUUUAAUAUGAUCGAAGGUGACUUUAAACUCUUUCAAGGAAAAUGGUCUAUAGAACAGAAUACCAUAAAACGUGACCAAUUUAAUUCGUUGCCCAACCAAGAAUUUCAAACAACACUUUCCUAUGUUGUUGAUGUGGAGCCAAAAAUGUGGUUACCUGUUCGACUUGUGGAAGGCAGACUCUGCAGAGAGAUUAGUAUCAACCUUUCAUCCAUUGGUAAAGAAGCACAAAGAGCAUAUGCCAACACUCUUUCCAUGCUGUAAUUGGUGUCCUUUCCCCCCCUCUAAUACUUCUUUUCAAGUUUUCAGGCUGUUUCUGCCUGAUGAAAUGCAGAGGAGUUCUAUGGUGAUGGUGUUUUUAGCUGAAAUGCAAUGGGGACAGGAGUUUGUUAGAGAGUUUUUGAAACACAACGAGGGUGUUGGCCUGCUUGUCACAUAUAUGGAGAAAAUGGCCUUAUAUACUGAGUGUUGGAGAAAAUGGCUGUUAGCUAUCACUUUGCAAUCCAAAUGCUAAAUUGUUUAGCGUUGAUCCCACUUUUCCUUAACGCUACACGAUCGAGUGUUUUGAAAUCCUAAACGAUACUUCAUGUAGUGUUUUACUUCUAAAACGCAAGAUCAUCUUACGUUUUGUAGGGUUUUUUUGACUAAAACGUGACACGUUCUAACACUUUUGUCUAAAUAUCAAAACGCUGGAUUAUCCGGCGUUAAUAAAUGAUCGGACGAUUUCCCUCAACUCUGUUAAACAUUACCUGUUGGUUUUGUGACCCGGCGUUUGGGGUCUUUUAUUUUAUCAGACUCAGGAGUGUAGCUUUUCAUUUAUUUAAUUGAAGUAAAGCACGUAAACAGC